ACUUGUACUAGACGGGAAUAGUAAGAUUUCGAAGUCUUUCAGCUACAUUUUAUACAUUGUCUCACGGUAACCGGGAGUCACUAUCGCCAUGGAGACAGCGUGCGAACAGCGGAAAGGCUGUCAACGAGGGUUCCUCUGUUUUGCUGUUGUAAUCCUGUGCAUUGCCGGUGGUACAGGCAUAGCGUUAUUCUUCAUUCUUGGGGGAGGCGCGGGUUCGACGACCCCGGCGGCACCAUCAGUAUCAGCGAGAACAGCACCACUAGUCGAUUGUUCGAUGGGUCAGGAGUUGGACGAGGAAACGUGUGCAAAAAGAAGCUGUGUAUGGCGUGAAACCCCGUCACCAGGUGAACCAAACUGUGUCUUCUCUGAUACCGACGGCUACAAUCUGGACGGUGACAUCGAAGAGACAAAUCUGGGCUACAGGAUAAAGCUGCAUCGGAUAAAUGGACCAAGAGUGCACGGAGACUUUUUUCAACAUCUCAUCGUUGAUGUGGAGGUUCAGACGGAAACGAGAGUUCGUGUUAAGUUCAGCGUAUUCAACCAAUCAAGAUACGAGGUUCCAGACGAGGCUCUCCACAUUCCGACCAAUGGGAUCAAGGCAAACCAUACACUGUAUAGCGUAGAGUUUCAGAAACUUCCCUUCUUUGGCAUAAAGAUUAUUCGGAAUGCGACGGGCGUGGUCAUUUUCGAUACCACUUUCCCGGGGUUCCUCUUCUGUGACCAGUUUAUCCAGAUCACCACCAAGCUACCAUCGGAGUACCUGUACGGUCUUGGCGAGCACAACCACCGGGUGUUUAAACACAACAUGAACUGGAAGACGUGGUCUAUAUUCACGAGAGACGUUGCUCCAGUGGACGAAUGGAAUCUCUACGGCGCGCAUCCCUUCUACAUGAGCCUUGAGAAAACGAACACAUCCGCGCCAGCAGCGCAUGGAGUGUUUCUCAAGAACAGUAACGCCAUGGACAUUACGCUUCAACCGAAUCCUUUCCCAGCCCUAACAUACCGUGUCAUAGGUGGUCUCCUUGAUUUCUAUAUAUUCCUUGGACCGAGCCCAGAGAACGUCGUGCAGCAACUGACUGAGGCAGUUGGCCGGCCCAUGAUGCCGCCCUACUGGUCCUUGGGCUUUCAGCUCAGUCGGUGGAACUACGAUAACAUCACACACGUCGAAGAGGUGGUCGAACGAAACCGACGAGCAGGGAUACCACAGGACGUUCAGUAUGGCGACAUAGAUUACAUGGAGUCCAAGUUUGACUUUACCAUAGAUCUUGACAAGUACGCAACACUACCAUCCCUAGUCAAAGACUUACACGAUCAUGGUCAACGAUAUAUCAUCAUUCUGGAUCCUGCCAUUAGUAAUAAUCGUACCUUGCAUGUCCAGGAAUUGAAUGACAGCUACCUAUGCUAUGAAGAUGGCUUGAAAAGCGGUAUCUACGUCAAGAACGAGUCGGGGGACGGCUUCAUCGAAGGCGAGGUUUGGCCUGGAAGUACAUACUUCCCCGACUUCACCCACCCCGACACGGAGGCGUGGUGGCUCAAAUGGUGUGAGGACUUCUAUCGCAACAACAGUGGGCGAGCAAUAGAGUAUGAUGCGCUGUGGAUUGAUAUGAAUGAACCCGCCAAUUUUGUUCAGGGAUCAACCAAGGGCUGUGCCAAAAAUAAACUGAACUAUCCACCGUACGUUCCAAAGAUUCUCGGGGCGGGUCCAGAAGGCCGAAUGUACGAUAAGACACUGUGCAUGGACUCUCAGCAGCACUGGGGACUCCAUUACGAUGUCCAUAGUCUGUAUGGGCACAGUCAGGCUAUUCAGACAUUUAGUGUUCUACGUACCAUGUUCCCAACGAAGAGACCCCUUGUUCUGACUAGGUCCUCCUUUACCGGAACCCACAGGUAUGCCGGUCAUUGGUUAGGCGACAACCAGAGUCAGUGGCCACAGAUGGCUUGGUCAAUCGUAGGAAUGCUGGAAUUCAGUUUAUUCGGGUUUUCAUAUAUUGGUGCCGACAUCUGUGGAUUUUGGUUUGACACGAGCGAAGAGAUGUGUCAACGUUGGAUGCAGCUUGGAGCAUUUUAUCCAUUCGCUCGAAACCAUAAUGCAAUUGGAUUCAGAGAUCAAGAUCCAGCCGCAUUUGGUGACGCCAUGAUAAAAUCAUCGCGUGACAUUCUUCUGACGCGAUACAAACUUCUACCAUAUCUCUACACACUGUUUCAUUUGUCACACACAGACGGAAGCACGGUGGCAAGACCAGUAUUGCACGAAUUUCUUGACGAUGAAAACACGUGGAACAUCGACCAUCAGUUCCUAUGGGGCCCAGCCCUUCUGAUCUCGCCAUGUUUGGAGGAAGGCUCUACCACAGUUCAAGCCUAUAUUCCUGCAGGAGUGUGGUAUGACUAUUUUACGGGCGGAAGGCUGCUCUCCGGUGGUGAAUGGAAGACCUUUGAUACUCCACUGGACACGAUCAACCUCCAUGUUCGAGGCGGAUACAUCAUUCCUUGGCAGAAACCAGCAAAUACUACAGUUUAUAGUCGGAAGAAUCCAAUGGGUCUCCUAGUGGCCCUAGAUGAGCACCAGAAAGCCGGUGGCGAGCUGUUCUGGGAUGAUGGGGAAUCCAACGAUACCUUCCCAAAUGGUCAACACUUGAAACUACGAUGCAUGGCAACGGAGGCUGGCCAGCUAAAUCUGGUGGUGGAGAGCAACACCUACUCUACAGAUCUAGUGUACGAUACCAUUGAGUUGUGGGGACUCAGGAAGGUACCCACCUCAAUUCAAGUAGAUGGGAAGGAGCUGUCGAUGGGAGAUAUCGAUGUUGACCAUUCAAGAAUGGCGCUGACGCUCUCAAACCUGAACCUAGAUAUAAAAUCAAACCACGACAUCCGAUGGAACACGUUUUAAAUCUGAAUGCAAGACUGGCGCGUGAAUUCUUCACUUUCCUCAUGCAGCCAUUUUUGUUAGGUAUUGACCAAUAAGAAUACACCUGUCAUGCUUUCGUGGCCAUGGCCAUGACGAUUUCAGCGCUCCUGAUUGGUCAAUAAAGGUCGCCAGAGAGAGGAAAUGCCAAAUCAAUGCCGCGAGUGGUGGAUGAUACUACCAAGCGAGAACAUUUCCAAAGUGUUUCCAAGUUUUUACGUUUUUCAAUACUUAUUGGGGCUUUAUA